CUCAUGUUGCUAUCGAUGGAACCAAUCAUAUUGGAAAUUGUUUUGCAUUUGCUGGAAUGCGUGGUCAACUUGCAAUUCAAUUGAGCACCACCAGAAGAAAGAGCAAAAUCAGGCAUAUUAUGAAUAUCA